UUUAUAUCAUUUGGUGCUGGUAUUUCAUAUUUGAAAGAUCCAUCAAAAGCACAUUUUGGUCAAGAAGAUUAUCCAAAAUUAAAUGAUGGGAAAGCUGUUUAUAUUGGUGUACACAAGUCGGCAACGUUUGUUGAAGGUCCUAAGGGAAAAGGAUCUAAAUUCGCAGCAAUUGUAGUGGAUAGAUGCAAAAAAAGAAUAAUUUUUCGCAUUAGUGGUGUUAGCGCAAAGUCGGCUCGCACAGAAUCAUUUGAGUACAGUGGCGAAACCCUCACCAUAGAACAAUAUUACCACAAAAGAUACAAUAUCCAGUUACAGUAUCCUAACGCACCAUUGUUAAUCAGCAAAAAAUCGCAGAAUACAUGCCUAUUUCCGAUGGAACUAUCUUAUGUCAUAGAAGGACAACGAGUGAGCCAAGAACAACAGACUCCUAAACAGUUGAUUUCUAUGCGAACUGCUUGUAUUAUUCCACCUGCAAAGCGUAAAGUACAAAACGAUAAGAAUGUUGAAGCAAUACAUUUGCUGGAUAAUAAUAAUCAGUGGGUCGCAAGAGCAGGAAUCGAUGUUAUCAAAAGGCCAUUGCAAGUCGAUGCCAGGAUUCUUCCUAAUCCAAAAAUAUUAUAUGGUUAUGGAAAUGCGUCCCAAGUUGACCCAGAAAAGUGGAGUUUCGGAAAAAAUCGUUUUCGUCGAGCUGCAACCAUAACGACUUGGGCCGCAUAUGAAAUCCUGGCAAUUCGAGGAAACGCAAAUCGACGAUGUUCAUCUGAUUUAAUCAAAGCUAUGGAACGUAAAUAUGGUAUUGUAACCCAAGACAUAAAAAAAUCGAUAGCAUCUGCAGUUAUUAAUAAAGGAAAAUGGCAGACCAUGGAAAAUAUAAUCUUAAAAACCAAUAUAAAAAUGGGUGGAAUCAACUACAUUAUAUUAGGCGAUGAAAAGCCUGACCGCCUAAUAAUUGGUUUGGCGAUGUCACACCCAACUGAUGGGAUUAAUCCUUCUAAUGCAAAUGGAGUAACGACAGUUGGGUAUGCAGCGAAUACGGGUGAAUCUCAACUGGAAUUCAUCGGAGAUUUUAGUUUUCAGAGGGCUGGAUCUACUGAUGUUUGUUCAUUUUUUAUAUAUUUUAUUUUUAGAAUUCUGGAGCGUUAUGUGAAACAGUAUAAUUGUAAUCCUAGCGAAGUUUUAAUUUAUAGAAGUGGCAUAUCAGAAGGACAAUAUAAGAUGGCGUUGACUAUGGAGAUACCACUCAUACGUAAGGCCUUGCAAAUGUGUGGUUGUCCGGAACUACCGAUAACGUAUAUUGUCGUAACACGUCUUCAUAAUAUUAGGUUCAUGCCACCCAAGGUGUGUGGAUUAAAUCAGAAUAUUCGACCAGGUGUCGUCAUUGAUAAGCAAGUUGUUCAUCCGAAAUUUAAAGAAUUCUAUUUAAACGCACAUAAGACCCUUCAGGGAACAGCUAAAGUACCACGUUAUACGGUGAUUGUCGAUGAUAAAAAUAUGUCAAUGGACGAAUUGGAGGUGUUAACUUAUUCUCUUUGUUUUUGUCACCAGAUUGUCACUCUCACUACAUCAGUACCGACACCUUUAUAUAUCGCCGGAUUAUAUGCAGAUCGUGGUCGUCGACUAAUGUGGAAUAUUAGUGGGAAUUCUGGUAACACUCGCGGACCUAUCGAUUUAGAAAAACUAAAUCAAGAAAUUCCAUAUGAAUGGAGCAACCUUAAAACGAGACGAAUCAAUGCAUAA